AUGUCUACUACUGAGACUCAGAUCGCGCAGACUCAAUUGGUCACCGUCUUCUUGUGUCCUGGGAAGCCUCUGAAGCAGAAUCUUGCGAACUAUCCCCAAGUGCUCAUCAUUGAGCUUGAAUACUCCAAAGAGGGGACCGCUCUGGCCCAACACCUUCGAGGAGUGGAUGCAAUAGUCAGCGUGGCAAGCGGGCCUGGAAUAUUAGCGCAGUAUUGGAUACUGAAUGCCGCAACCGAGGCUGACGUUCGACGUGUCUACCCAUCCGAAUACGGCUUUCAUCAAGCGCAUAGGGCACCAGGAGACCCCGGAGCGCGCAUCAUCCCCAUAAGUCUCGAACUUUGGGAUGAGAAAGAGCGCUUUGCAGAGCACCUGAAGCUCCACCCUGCAGUAGAAGCGGGCAAUUUGGAGUAUACAUUCAUUGGUGCUGGUGAUCUCUAUGAUCAGAUUCCCGAUCGAGCUUUUCUGGUUCCUUGGACUUCUGACUGCGAGUUUUAUGAAGUCCCAGUCGUCGGAAACCGUAAUGCUCGCGCCGAUUGGUCCUGCACGCGCGAUGUCGCGUGCUACGUCGUCGUGACGCCCAUCAAGCCCGCCAUCUCCGCCAAUGCCUACCUAAACUUCCCGUCCGAGAUGCUCUCUCAGCACGCUAUGGUCGAGCUAUUCCGCAAAUACGCGCGCAGGCGCAAGGUCGACGUGCGCCACUUUUCGAUGGACGAAGCGCAUCGGUUCAUCGCGCAGCCGCAGGGGGCACCCCAGCAGAUUGCGAUGAACUCGAGCAUCCCGGUGGACUUCUAUUUCGUUCAGGCACGUCCCCAAACCCGGGGGAUGUGUUGGCGAGAGUAA